GAGUAUUUUCUCAUAUGGCUGUAAGGUCCGCCAUUUUUUUAAAUGGUAGAAUUGUGAUCCAUGCUGCUUUUGAGUUCUACAAAAUUUUGGGAUUAACUUUGUUUAUUAAUACAACUUAAUAAUUAUUGUUAGACAAAAUUUUAUAAAAUGACGACAAGCAGUGUCAACACGAUUGAUUUGUCCGCAUGUGGUAUGUCGAAUGAUGAGUCUAAGUCACGGGAGAACCUUAACGAUAACAACAAUCCAGGUUUUGAAGACAAGGAAAUGCGUAUUAAAAUCAUACAUCAGAACACUGAGAUAACCAAUUUGCCAAGUUGCAGACCUCCAAGCCAAUCUCCGUUAACAAUUGAUGGUGAAACGCCAAAGCGUUUUAUAAUGGUCGACCAAAAAUUGAGGUUACCUACAGAAUUAAGAGAAACAUUGAAAUUUAUAGGGAAAGAUGAAAGAGGUUAUUAUAAAUACCUCGCCCCUUUUAAUACUGUAAAGGGCACAACAAAUAAAUUCAAAUCUGCACGCAGCCAAAGUAAAAUAGUAGCUGCUAAGCUGGAAGACGUUCACAGCAUUACUUUAAAAACAAAUGUCGUAAACAAAGGCGUGUCUCUAGUCCCAAACAACCAUGCGUCGGAUUGUUUAAGCUCGCAUUCGCCCAUAUUCCCAAAUCUUGACAAAAAUCCCCACCUACCUACCGAUCCAUCGAAUGUACAAUUAUCCAGAUUUCGGGAAGAAGGAAAGUCAUUUUCAACGUCAUUCAGAACAACAGACCAAAGAACAAAUAGUUCACAAACUCAGUCUACGCUUACGUAUAAUACUAAAGAAAAUGACAUCCACUUGAGAACGCAUCCGAAAAUAAAAAAUCUAAAGGUUUUGCUACGGAGACUACCUAUGAUACCCCAGGCUGCUAAUGAAAUAAAUGAUCAACCAAAAAACUUCAAUGCAGUCGCUGACAAUCCAGUUAAAUCAGUUCGUACAGUAAAUGUUGGGUCUUUACAACCAAUUAAUCCUAUAUCUAUUAAAACUCCCAGUGUCUUGAUUGUUCAGCAGCCGCUGGAAAAAUUUAAUCCUCUUGAUUUGCAGACUUCCGAGGGAGCAGAAAAAUACAACAAUAGUGUAUCUACAAGAGCACGACCAAUUCAGGAAAGCAGGGAAAACCUGACAGAGGGAAGAAAGUGUAAUGAGGUGCAAACAGAUCUUUCCUUUGAAGGUGUUUGCGGUCUAGUGGAUACAAAUCACUUUCAUCUAAAUUGUUUUUAUUGUUCAGCCUUCUAUCAUUUAGAGCGCUGGCCGGAAUUCUUGGAACACGUAAAAUAUCAACACAAUAUUGAAGAGAAAGCUUUUUCGUUGGAUCAUGAUUAUGCAAUGUUAAAAAACAAUGAUAUAAAAAAAGACUGUUCGAGUGAUUAUGACGAAGCCGAUCUAAAUGAAUUAUACAAUCAUAAUCUACCUUCACCGAUGCAUGCGAAAUGUUUACGUGAUGGCAAAACUGUUAAUGAGUCGCAUCCGGUAGUAGAUUUCUCCGUGAUUGCGAAGAGAACUAUGUUAGACCUUCCUAAAUCUUCGAAAACUCUCAUAAAAGCUGAUAACUUCGACUAUCUUUUUAAAGCUUGUAAGAGUAAUGUGACUAAUAUUAUUUCGAGCGAGGCUGAUGAAAGAACUGACGAAGACUAUCCAAUGGAUGACUUUUGUACAACAAGUAAUAAUUCUUUAAGUCCGUUUACAGAGGCAGUUGACUUCGAUAACGAUACGAAUGGGAAAAAUUUUAAGCAACCGCUAAAAGACCUUUUAAUAAGAGAUUCUCUAAGUUUUGCGAAGUCAUUUCAAAAGUCUAGCGACGACGAGACAAGAUCUGAAUGCAAUAAGGAUGCAGCAGCAGCAGCGCAAUUAUUUAGUGAAGAUGACUCUUUUGGAGAUGAAUUAAUUUGUCUUGAGGAGGGUAGUGAGUUUUUAGAAAUUUCUAAAGCAAAAACAAAUGAUCUUCCAGCUGCUCAAGACAUUUGUGAAUUAAGCAAUGAAGAGUUGGCUGCGCGUGAAGAAUAUGAAAUUGACCAAAGUGAGAACGUUCGAGACGAUUCGAUCUCAAGCACUCCAAACGACAUUGAAAUAUCCGACGAUGAAAUGCCUUCAAAUGAUGAAAACGAAGAUGAUGUGCCAAAGCCCAGUCGUGGCUGUGGGAUACUCUUCGGUUUGACCAAUCGUUCGGUAGUUAUAGAAUUUUUAGAAAAUUUGAAAAAAUACCCAGUGCUUUAUUCGAAUCGGGCCGUCUGUACCAGGACUGAAUAUGAUGUAGCAAUUAUGAAAAUGUGUUCCAUGCUUAAUAAAAAGUAUCACUUGGACAUAACAGACCUUGAAAUGCGACACAGUAUACAGCGUGUAAAUGAUUGGUUCUCCCGCACUGCAUAUAAAAUGAGGAAACAUGAGAGAAAUAUUCAAAAUGAACCGUUUAAACACCGUUUCCCUAAAUAUUUUCAAAUGUGUGAAAAAUUUUUAGAGAGGACUCGUCUACCAUACAACCUGGAUUUAAUAAAAAAUAAUCAAGAUGCAGUAGUUUUCCGGCGGUUCAAUCAAAACUGCAAUUAUCCGCCAUGGGUGAAAUAUACAGUAGCGGACUUGAAAAAGCGGAACUGUCAAAUUGAAAGUGAAAACUCUAAUCAAGUGGAGACAAACAAAUUAACAUGCAUAGAAGAAUCUUUGGAAAACAUAACCAAAACUAAUUUAGCCAAUGCUAGACGAAACUCCAUUGUAAUCAGGAAAGCAAUCGCUAUGCAAGAGAGAGCUGAAAAACAACCGGAGCAAGGCGAAUAUAAAUGUGAUCAGUGUGGUAGAGAAUAUACCCUAUGGAGAAAAUUUCGCGCACAUAAAUACACACAUUUGCCUCCAAAAUUUAAAUGCGGACUAUGCGAAAAAAUGUUUACACGAAAUUAUUUCCUUCAGAAGCAUAUAGAAGCUAUUCAUUGCACGCAGAGUCUAAAUACAGGUUUUAAACCUAAGCUUAUUGCUGAGCGCGAAGAAUAUAAAUGCGAUGAAUGCGGCAAAAUGUUAUACAGGAAGAAUGCUUUUCGACAGCAUAAAUUACGGCAUCAGCCACCGCAGUACCAGUGCAAAAAGUGUGAAAAAAUGUUUUACUCCAAAGGAGCCCUAGACAAUCAUAAUCAUUCAUCACGCUGUCAACCAGCACCGUACAUCUGUGAAUUUUGUGGUAAGGCCAUCUAUUCGCGAAGUACGUUUCGGAUACACAAGAAAACAAAGCAUUUCAAUAUAAGGCGUUGGUAUACUUGUGUGGUGUGCAAUCAUAAAUCACAAUAUCAACGUUAUUUGCUACGUCAUCAACAAAGGCAUCAUUUAGCUCAAGAAGGAACGCUUGAGGAAUUAGCGCGUAGAACGAAUCCACAAGGAAUGCGAUUAGUACACUUUAGCGAAGAAUAUCGAAAAGGAUAUUUGUGGCGAAACUCGCUGCGGCGACCAGGUGAGAAGGUAUAUAGCUGCUUGACUUGCCAUGUGGUGUUUGAGCGCUAUAAAGAUGUCUUACACCACAAUAAAGAAAAGCAUCCAAUACGUCAUGGCACCUACAAGUGUGAGCUAUGCCCGUCACCGGGCCGAUUACUGAUGAGGUCAUCUUUGCGUCGCCAUUAUACUUCAAUGCAUAAGGUGGCACCGGAGGAAUUGGAGGUCUGGGUGAGUCGUACCCAGCCUGUGCUACCCCCAACUUCUGACUCUAAUGGACCCAAUCCUAACGAUGGUUACCUCCUCCCGAUUGUCAAUAAUGAAGAACCUAUUGAAGAGGAACGUAAUGCAAUGGUACUGAUCGAACAGAUCGAAGAAAAUGACACGGUAAACAGCCCGGAAAAUGAAAUAAAGUCUAACGUGGACAUUGAAGAAACAGACUUUGAUGAUUUAGUGGUAGAGAUUAUCGAAUCUGAAGAGGACAAUUGAAAAACCAUGCACUGUUCACUGUUAUUUUAUUUGCUUUAUGCACUUUUAAAUAAGGGUUAUUAUUGUAUGUAAUAUUACAGGAAAAAAAUAUCAAUGAUUCAUAAAUUUAAAUUAUAAGUCCAUGGCUAACGUCAUGUAAUUAGAUUGGUGAUGAAUAAAGGACUAAAAAAUGUA